AUGGGAAUGACAUUCCAUUCACACCAUGUGAAUAGGGCAAUAAAUGAUAUUGAUGGGGAAAAACUUAGUAUGCGUGAACAACUAAUGAAAAAACUUGCUUCUAAUGAGAAUUGUCGAGAUAUAUUACGUAUGGGACCAUAUGCAUUUGCUAAAUUGUGUAACAUACUUCGUUUCACUGGUCGUCUCAAGGACAAUAGAAGUGUUUUGGUUGAGGAGAAAGUAGCAAAGUUUCGUUAUAUCUUGUUGCAUAAUGUGAAGAAUCGUGCCAUUCAAUUCUUCUUUAUUCGAUCCGGCGAGACCAUUAGUCGUCAUUUUCAUGAUGUACUAAAAGCAAUAAUCAGUUUAGAAGAUUUAUACCUACAACCACCAAGAGGUUCCGAAGUCCCUCCAGAAAUACGCCAUAGAGCCAUAGAUGAGACUCAUAUUCGUGUGAAAGUAUCUAAAAAAAAUGCACUAAGAUAUCGGGGAAGAAAAGACUAUCCAACACAAAAUGUCCUAGCAGCAUGCUCGUUUGACAUGAAAUUUACAUAUGUUUUGCCUGGGUGGGAAGGAACGACAUCUGAUUCAAGGGUCAUAAAAAAUUCCCUUUCAGAACGAGAAGAAAAACUAAUAAUCCCUGAAGGUAAAUAUUAUUUAGUGGAUGGAGGUUAUAUGUUAACGAGUGGACUAAUAACUCCAUAUAGAGGUGUUCGGUAUCAUUUGAAAGAAUACUCAUCACGUGCACCAGAAAAUGCUCAAGAAUUAUUUAAUCUUCGACAUUCUUCCUUGCGCAAUGUAAUUGAAAGAGUAUUUGGAGUGCUUAAAAAACGAUUUCCAAUUAUUUCAAUGGGUGCAGAGGCUCAUUACCCAGUUGAUACAGUUACAGAGAUUGUUUUAGCAUAUUGUAUCCUACAUAAUUAUCUAAUGGGUGUAGAUCCUGAUGAAAGAUUGAUUAAAGAAGUUGAAUGA